AUGGUCUCCAGAGAUGCUGCCAGGGGGAGAGUUGCAUUGAAGGUUAGCAACCAUGAUGGGCUUCCAAAUGUAGGACCAGUAGGAGUAGGACAAGUAGGACACAAGAAGUGGGGUUCCAGAGAUGCAGCUCCUCAGUCCCUCUCUCCGAGAGCAAGAUCUGAGUCGGUUGACCGAACGAGAAAACCGCCUGACAUGACUCCAAAGAAGAUGCGUAAGUUGCCUCGACCGCAAGCUCACCAUCAGAAAGAACUUGCACGGCCAGAAAAACGCCCUGAGCCACAGAAGCAGAGCCGAGAAGCCAGGACUUCUUCGGCGUCGUCAAGGAAAGCCAGGUCUUCUUCCGCUUCUUCGAGGAGUCGAAAAGCCAGGGCUUCAUCGUCUUCUUCGAGGAGUCGCAAAGCCAGGAAUUCUUCGUCUUUUUCGAGAAGUCGCUCCCCGAGGGCCAAGCAGAAAGCGUCUUCCAGUGGUGCUCAAAGGUCCAGGCCAUCUCCACUACGUGGGCGGCUGUGGGGUUUUGACGUGAGCAAGUAUGAUGGGAAUUGGAAAGGGGCGACGGUCGAUUUCUUCAGGCGGUUGCAACGUUCUGACCCUAAAGAUCCUCCCUUUGGGAUCUAUCAUACAGUGAGGGAUGAGGAGGGCCUCUACCAUUCCACGCUGCAACUCACUGACAAAGCUCGAGCAGCUGCCCGUCUGAAAAAAUUGCACUACAAAGGAGAAGGGGAGCGUACCAAAAUAGCAGCAGAGGUUUCAGCAGCUCGUGUGCUUUGGGAUGAUCCUCGUAUAAGGGAGAAAGCCGCAAAGCUGCGACCUGGGAAGACGGCUAUGAAGCGUAGGAAAGCCUGUGCAGAGCACAAUGCCAGGCGCAAAGCGCAAUGGUUGGCACGCGUGCCGGUGCAUAGUGCAUAA